UCUUUAAUUUCUAAAUUUCAGAGAUAAAAUGGGAGAUGGAGGUGUACACAUCAUUCCUCAGGGUAACAUAGUUUAUGUACAGCCGACCAUCUCAAACUACACCCCGGCUAGUGUGGACAAGUUUAUAGACGUCCUGGAGUUCGGAGAUAACGGGGAGCUCUUCCUCGCCACCUCGUGUCUAAAUAGAAGGUCGUGGACCGGAGAUGUUUGGUGGUUUUCCCGUCCUCAGGACGCUCCGCAGCGAGAUCUUGCCAGAACCGGAUACAGGAUAGAUAGUGGAGUUGUCAAGGGGAAAUAUAUCGGAAAUAAUCAGAUUGUUAUCGGUCUAGAUUCUGGGGGUAUUCAGUUAAUGAAUGCUUGCUCUACUAGACAUGAAACUAAGGGAACUUUAUUCUACACAUUUGAGCUUCAGCCUGCACUAUGCGAGCAUGAUGAUCAAUUGACAGAUCUGGAUUGCUGGAAGAAAGGGGAGAAAGGGGAGAACCAUUUAGUAACUGUUGGUAAGGAUGCAAGGAUUGUAAUCUGGAAUAAACAUUUAGCUGUUCUACACAACUUCCAUCCAGUGCAUUCAACAGGAAUUCUCUCUGUGUCCUGUCAUCCCACUUCAAACCAUGUUUUCGCUACAGCAGGAGCAGACGGAAAAGUUCAGGUUUGGGACACAAAGGCCGAAAAGCCCUGCAGAACCAUUUACUCCGAUCCAACCCAACCACCUGGAGUCAUUUCAUGGAACCCAAACCUUCCCAACACACUACUAGUCGCGUCUAAGACAGGAUCUGUUUUCCAUAUUGAUGUUGAGACAAAGGCAGUUUCCUCCCAGCUUCAAGUAUUAGAUGGAGAAAUUAAAACCCUAAGGUUUAGUCCUGACCGGCCAAAUCUGUGCGCUGUGGCAGGCGAUGACGUCACAGUUGCAGUUCUCAAUACAUCAGCUGAUUCUAUCCAGCUUCAGUACACAAACCAGUCACAUAAGGAUUUUGUCCGAGGGUUGGCUUGGAAUCCUCUGGAUGGAACUCUAUGGUCAGGAGGAUGGGACAGACAAGUUAUAUCUCAUUUACCAUAAUCUUCUACAAUCUACAUGUUCCUUACGCCAUAAUCUUCAUGUUCCAUUCACCAUCACCUCGUCAUAUUUUUUUCACCACCAUCUGUCUUCAUGUUCCUUUCACCAGCAUCUUCUACAUGUUCCUUUCACCAGCAUCUUCUACAUGUUCCUUUCACCAGCAUCUUCUAGAUGUUCCUUACACCAUAAGCUGCUUAAAGUUCCUUGCAUCAUAAGCUGCUUCAAGUUCCUUAUGCUACAAUCUUCGACAUGUUCCAUUCAACAUAAUCUUAUCCAUGUUCCUCACACCAUAAUCUUCAUGUUCCUUUCUCCUUGAUCUUCACAACCAGUGUUAUGUUCUAAUAUAACAUAGUUCAGAGCUGAAAACUUUAGAAUUUCCCAGCUCAGUUUUUACACUUGUGUUUCCUAUUUUCUAUUAGUCUAUCUAAUGGGGUGUUUAAAUCCUUAAUAAUGAAAUAUUUCAAUUCAUGCAUUUUUAUGUGCACUAAACUGAAAAGAUUUUUUUUUAAUUUUGAUGAAAAUUUCAAGUUUAAUGAAGAGUAACAUUUCUUCUAAGCCUUAAAAUGUUUAGAAAAUUACGCAAUUAUCUGACAAAUUGCGUAAUUUUGCCACGGGCAGUUAUUAAAACCUACGCUAGAUUCUCUGAAUCUGGUUUGUGGCGCACCUUUUAUAGAUCUAUAGGAGUCCCCACUCUCUUCUUUUAAAAUUAAUUUUCAGUAUGGAAGAAAUGUUUGCUCCGAGUACAAAUAUUUUGCUCGGUUCUUGUCAAAUCACUCAUUUACACACCUUGUAUUCCCUGUCUUAGAGGCAAUAUCAUGAAAUUAUGGGCGUUCUCUCCUUAUCAUUUCUUUAUAAUUCUCUCCCCGUGAAAAAUCAUUCAAUGGUACACUGCUGAACCCAUGAUGUGAUAACGUGAACCCUAACUCUCAUCUCGGAGUCAGUAUUAUUUUUUUUAUUUUCAGAA